AUGGCGGCGUCUAAGAACCUCGCCCGCAUGCGGGAGCAGACGAUGGGCAGUCUGGAGGAUGAAGAGGCUGUGACUGUCAACACUCGUGCCUUGAUCGACAAAGUGCUUGCUCGAUACUCCGGAGAGUGGACGACGUUGCGAGAACUGAUCCAGAACGCUGCCGAUGCGCAGGCCUCCAAAGUGACGAUACGAUUCGAGACCUUACCUUCAGCAACAGUACCGCUACCACAGACCCAGGAUCCAUCCGAGCAUAUCAAGCAUACCCUUCUUCACCAUACCUUGAAAACGUUGAUAGUGUCCAACGAUGGCGAGCUGUUCAAAGAGACGGAUUGGCAGCGGUUGAAGCGGAUAGCAGAGGGCAAUCCAGACGAGACAAAGAUUGGGGCUUUUGGUGUGGGUUUCUACUCCGUCUUUGCAGACUGCGAAUCCCCAUUCGUGACCUCAGGAGAUCAGACCAUGGCGUUCUAUUGGAAGAAGGACAGCCUGUUCACACGGCGAGGAAAGCUGUCAGAAGCAAGCCCAGGUACUACCUUCUUGCUGGAUUACAGAAGUCAGACUACACCAGUGCCACAGCUCCUGAGCCUCUGUCAGUUUCUGGCGACGAGUUUGACCUUCGUCGGCCUUCAGAACAUCGACCUCUGGCUUGACGAUUGGAACAUCUUGAGUCUCACCAAGAAGAUGUCCCCGGGCGCAAGUGUUAAGAUCCCAAGCGACGUCAAUCCUAGGACGAGAGACGGCCUCAUGAAGAUUGUCGAUGUGGAGUAUCAGAACGCGCAGAUCGAUGCUCGUUGGAUGAACGUCGUUGGAUGGAACCGAAGAGCUGUAUCGGCAAUGCAAAACGCUGCCGCAGCUCAAUCACAAAGCGAUCUUGGUGUUACCAGUCUUCGUAACUGGUUCGGCAAGUUCACUGGAAGUGCGACUGGAAUCGCAAGCACAAGGAAGGCUCAGCGGGAGGAAGAAAUACUCCAACAAGCCAUCGCCGAGGAUCUCGCUGGUUUCAGCUCUUCAACUGUAUUCAUACGUAUUAGCACGGUUAAUGUGCAGACGUAUGUGAGCAAGCAACUGGCCGCUGAGCUAGAGCGCGCAACCAAGAAACCACCUCCUAAGCACACACGAAUCUCCAUCCUCACUUCUUCUUUCGACGAGACCACCGCAUCCACAAGCUCGUCUGCAGGUAGCUCUUCUCAGAAAGCGAGUGAGAUCUUUGCGUCAGUCCUCCCUACGAAGAACGGCAAGAUCUUCAUUGGCUUCCCAACUGCGCAAACCACUGGAUUGUUAGCGCACAUAUCUGCCCCUUCUGUCAUCCCUACCGUCGAGCGUGAGAGCAUAGACUUGAAUGCUCGAUACGUGAGAGACUGGAACAUUGAGAUGUUGCGGGUAGCAGGUAUCGCCUGUCGCAUAGCGUACACAGGAGAUAUGGGAGAGCUGAAGCUGAGGCUUGAGCGGACUGCUGCUGCAGAUGGACGGAAGAAGAUCACGAGCGACGAUGUCGCAGCGGUCAUGCCCGCCGCUGUGCAUACCUACCAGCAAUACAACUAUGCAGAAUCAACGCCAGCAGCGAGAGUAGGCCAAUACAUCGAGGAGGCGUUCUGGAUGUGCAAUCAGAAGGCAAGCAUCGAUAUUCUUUCGACGAGAGGUGUUCUGCCCAGCCAACAAGUCCGCGUGGCUUCAGAAGACUUGAGCUUCGUAGAUGGCAUUCCUGUCGUUCCUGACGAGCUCAUGGAGAAAGCCAAUGAGUUCUUGACAAAGCUACGGGAUUAUGGCCUACUUUCUGACAUCACAAAUGGGGAUAUCAAGAAGGAACUGGAAGCGCAGGCGCUGUCGGAGAAGCAAGUCACUGAACUCGUCAAAUGGGCUUGUACAAAGGUCUCUCGUCAAGAGAUGGACGCGGGCGUUGUGCAGACGCUUUUCGAUGGCACCGUCGCCAGCAUCAGCGAAGAAUUCGUCAGUACAGCUUCAAGCCCUGUGCUCCAGCUUGGUCAGAUUCGAACAUUCGUCAACAGCGCCAAGAUCCCAGUAGACUUGCCGACACCUCCUGAAACGAUUCCGUUCAGACUGACAAAGGGCUUGUCACCCGGACAGCUGGCAUCGAUCGGCUGGGAUGAGCUGCAGAUUGUGCCAUGGCUAAGGUGGAUUGUUGAGAACGAUGGGCGAGGAUUCGGCCAAGGCCAGACUUUGACUACUACGCCUGCCGUAGCAUCUCAGGUCCUACCCGUCGUGUCAAAGUCAUGGGAGGGCCUGUCUCAAUCGUCGAAGCAGACCAUUCAGGACUUGCUCGUGCCGCGAACAGUCAUUCCCACAAAGCUGGGCAUGCGAAAGCCACCACAGGCAUACUUUGGCAGCGUGAAGCUCUUCGAUGACUUACCUACGAUCACCGGCCUUCAAGGUGUCAAAGAGAAGUUCCUCUCAGCUUUGGGUGUGCGAAAGACAGUGGAGCUCAAUGUCGUAUUCGACAGACUCAUGACAAAGUCAGCCAGCGCAGAGGCUGGGGAAGGUAAAUGGAGUCACGUCGAUUUGAUCAAGUACCUGGUCAGCGUGAAGGACGACAUCCCAACCGAAGAUGUUAAGCGCCUUCGUCAGACCCCGAUGUGCCCAGCAGAGACACAAUCUGGAGAUCAGAUAAACAAGGGCAAGCUCUAUCGUCUCUCGGAUUUGUAUGAGCCCGACGAUGCCAUAAGACGGCUCGGGCUCCCUGUGCUUCAGUGGCCAGGCCAAUACCGCGGGCAGACUCCAGAAGGUCGAUUCUUGAGAUUGCUGGGCCUUCAGCCAUACCCAGCUGUUCCAGACUUGGUUGAAAUCUUGUCGAAGGCGCCAGCAGGCAGCGAGCUCCAACAGAGCGCGAUCACUUACUGGAUCGUGAAUGCCUACCAGAACGGCUAUCACAAGUACCCCGUGGCCGAGAUUACUACAGCUUUCCUGCCUGUGCAACCCUUCGCGGGGGAGAAGAAUAACCUCGUGGCGAAGCCAUCGCAGUGCUACGCAAAUCCGAGAGCUGCUGUGCUAAUGUUCCGGACAUUGAGAGAGGACUUGCAGCCACAUCACGCGAUGUUUGGUGUUGCACUCGACCCACCCAUCGAGACGUGUGCUGAGCGUCUGAUCAAGAGCGCACCUGCCAACAUGGCCACAGCUAAAAUCUUGUUCGGGUAUUUUGCAGGUCGUUUGGGCGAGAUUGGUCCAAAUGGCAACCUCUCUGAGCGUCUUGGCAAUGCAACGAUCGUGCCCAUCUUCUCUAGGAAGCCUGAUACUAAGGGAUCGGGCGUCCGUUUCGCUGCUCCCAGAACUUGCUUCUUGGGAGACAGCCAGACCUAUGGCGACAUCUUCGAUUUCGUCGACUUUGGACAUGAAGCGAAUACCUUUCUACUUCGUGUCGGGUCCAAGCAUGAGCCCAAUGCUUCUGAGAUUGCGAGUAUGCUGGUGCAGCAGCCAGCGCGACUUCUUGAUAGUCUAGGCUCCGACAAGUAUCUGCAACUCCUGCGAAAGAUCGCCGAAAACGUAGCGAAUCUGAAGAAGGACAAAGGUUUGUGGAUGAAGCUUAAGAGCUCGCCUUGUCUUCUGGCCGAGAAGUUGGUGAGGGCAAAUAUCGACAACGAGAAGCGAGAGUAUGACGACGAGGAACUCGUGAUCAAGGAGUACUCGCUUGCUAAAGCCUCUGAGAUGGUUCUCAUCGAUGACUUCGUGACGUAUCGACUUUUCCAGGCCAGUCUUCUUACGGCUCCACAAGAAGAAGCGUUGGAAACGCUAUACGCCUCUCUCGACACGCCAUGGCUCUCCAAGCUGGUAGAAGACGACCAACGCAUGGGUGCCCUGUUGAACGAUCAAUCAGCCGGCGAGAAACUGAGAAAACUCCUCGUCGAGCGUUGUCGUCUCUUCCUUCACGACCACGCACCAGACGCGAUCAGGCAUGAUGCGAGGUGGCUCGAGCAGAAUAUGACGGUCAAGGUGACAGAGUUUCUCCAGGUCACGCACAAGCUGAAGGGAUAUCGACAGCAACUGCUUGAGAAGAAGACGGCUGCUCUGCAUAGGGAGACGAAGCGAGAUGCCACGCUCUUCAUCACCGCGCGUUACGAUCUUUACGAGGUCAGUCGUGCUGUGAUGGGUGUUCUGCUCAAGCGACCCCGGCAGCAGGACUUUCUUGCGCUGGAGACGAUUCUGGAAAGUGAUCUUCGUAGAUUGAAGACCAAGGGAUACAACGUAGAUCGUAUCUUGAGGCAGAAGGCAGCCGAAUCGCGAAUUGCUGAGAGUGAGAGAGCCAAGAGGGAAGAAGAGCAGAGGAAGUUGGCUGAAGCUGAAGCGGCAACUCGGCCUCAGCAACAGCAAGCAGCGAUCACAAACGGGACAACGAACACGCAAUCCGCGACGCAGGCCUCUCCAGAGACACCCGAGAAGGCGUUGGCAAUGCCGGGCUCGUUCGAUACGCCGGAGGGACGACCAGGCUCGUCAGGACGUGGCAAGAAAGCCACAGGCAACUUCUUCAGCAACAUCAGCAAGCAUCUCGGCAUUAAUGGCAACAACCAAGCGGCUCAGCAGAUGCAGAGCAUGCUCACCAAUGGGCAAGGGCAAGACUCAGCGCCUCCUCCCUAUACUCCUCAAGACCCGAAUGUCCGCAACAUUACUCCUGGCACGGAGCGGGUCACUUCCCCACGAGACCUCCAAGCCAACCUUCAGUCCGCCAUCAAAGCGACGAGAGAGUACAACGCCUCGUCAUUGUUCUCACCACCUGAGACUAAGGAUAUCAAGGAAUCACCUUCCUACUGCGACAGCAAGCCAGGACACGACAUUAAGUUUGUCGCCGAACUGAGCAACGGCAUCAGACUCUACCUCCCACGAAGCCACCCCGAUCCCACCGCCUUCCUGCAGACCUACCGAGAUUCCCUGGCAACCUUCGUCCUGGUCCUCUCCGAGGUCGCCAACGUCUUCGAACUCUCCCCUCAAAUGAUCAACAUCUUCCACGACGAGCAAGGCGCGGCGAUCGCGUUCAACAGCAACGGCAGUCUGUUCUGCAAUCUGAGAUACUUCCUGCAACUGCACAUGUCGCAGAUGGCGUCGCCGGAGGGUAAAGUGGAGGCUAUGGCGUACUGGUGGAUCACACUGUGUCAUGAGCUGGCACACAAUUUGGUGAAACAGCACGACUCGCAGCAUUCGUUCUAUACGGAGAGCUUUGUGGCACAUUAUUUCCGGAGAAUGGUAUGGUUGGCGUCGAGGAUCACGGGAUAG